ACAAAAGCCGUCUUUCAUGUGUGAAAUAAACGUGGUUGACAGAUAUUACAUUUGGAAAUCUACUAUCGUAUUGAUGUGUACGACCUCGGUUUGAUUAAAGCGAUAGCCAACACUCAAAAGCAAAAGGCCUCGUUUUCUGCAGCCAAGCCAUCAGACUCAAGGUCCUGUUGCACGGUAGGUGGCAGUAAUGCUGAUGAAAUAGUGGUUGGAGCCGCCGGUCAGAGACAAGCAGCAGCAGAAGCAGCAGCAGGUUUAAAGCUGGCUGCAGGCGGAGCGCAGGAAGACUUCUCAGUGGAAGCUCACGCAGCCGGACAUUAGAUCGAAAUGGCGGCGCCAGCAGAGAGGAUGGAGGUUUCUCAGGGGGAGAGCUCAGCCAAGCCUGCAGCUGAAGAUAUGACGUCAAAGGACUACUACUUCGACUCAUAUGCCCACUUUGGCAUCCAUGAGGAGAUGUUGAAAGAUGAGGUUCGGACCCUUACCUACCGCAACUCCAUGUUCCACAACAAGCAUCUGUUUAAAGACAAGGUGGUGCUGGACGUGGGCAGCGGGACAGGAAUUCUCUGCAUGUUUGCUGCCAAAGCUGGAGCCAAGAAAGUUAUAGGGAUUGAGUGCAGCAGCAUCUCUGACUACGCUGUCAAAAUCGUCAAGGCCAACAAGAUGGAUGAUGUUGUGACCAUCAUCAAGGGGAAGGUGGAGGAGGUGGAUCUGCCAGUGGAGGGAGUGGACAUCAUCAUAUCAGAGUGGAUGGGCUACUGCCUCUUCUAUGAGUCCAUGCUCAACACAGUCAUUUAUGCCAGGGACAAAUGGCUGAAGCCAGAUGGUCUCAUUUUCCCAGACAGGGCGACCCUUUAUGUCACUGCCAUCGAAGACAGGCAGUACAAGGACUACAAAAUCCACUGGUGGGAGAACGUGUAUGGAUUUGAUAUGUCAUGCAUCAAGGAGGUGGCAAUUAAGGAACCUCUGGUGGAUGUGGUGGAUCCUAAACAGCUGGUCAGCAGUGCCUGUCUCAUCAAGGAGGUGGACAUCUACACAGUGAAGGCAGACGACCUGACCUUCACCUCGCCGUUCUGCCUGCAGGUGAAGAGGAAUGACUACAUCCAUGCUCUGGUCACCUACUUCAACAUCGAGUUCACCCGCUGUCACAAGAGGACCGGCUUCUCCACCAGCCCAGAAUCUCCCUACACCCACUGGAAGCAGACUGUCUUCUACCUGGAUGAUUACCUGACUGUGAAGACUGGUGAGGAGAUCUUUGGCACCAUCAGCAUGAAGCCCAAUGUGAAGAACAAUAGGGACCUGGACUUCACCGUAGACAUCGACUUCAAGGGUCAGCUGUGUGAGAUGUCCAAGACGUCAGAGUACAGGAUGCGUUAGUCUUCCCUCUCUCUCCCUCCCUCCCUGUGUUAGUUUGUCUUUAGUCGGGGACAGAUAAUACAGUUUGCCUGGGAGUCUAUACACAAGUUUAAUACUCCCCUGCAGCGACAUUUUAAAGUCAACUUUUUUUUUUGUCAUUAUUCAAACGUUAACAGUAUUUAAAGUUUUCACAUCCUUGAAUUGGUGUGGUGAGUCAUUGUGCAGUAGUCACUCAACAAAAUGUGUUUGUGUCCAAUGUCCUCUUGGGUUUUGCUUUUUUGGGUUCUUGUUCUUAUUUGCAUGUGCAAGAUCCAUAUAGACACAAACACAGCGGUCCUGCUGACAUGUCUGCAUAGUGUUACUGUUCAGUCACUUAGGCCCUCUGUAUGGUCAUAACAUGACCCCUCUACUCAUCUGUCCUCUUUUUUUAAUUCUGUUGAAGCUGUAGGUGUGUGGGUUCUGUUAAGCCCCGCCCUCCUCCACCUCUGUACCAGUGAAUAGAAACCAUAUGUAACUGACAAGAAAGCUGUCCUGCAGACGUCUUCUCUAGAACCCGGCUUAGGUCCUGCUCACACUUAAAUAGCCAUGUAUUUAUAAAAAAAUGUUAAUACAAGUGGUCUGUGGUGGUGCAGAUGCUGAGUUCCAGGUUCCUAAAGACUCUGAGAUACAGAACAUGAUACUUUGGAAGUUUAUUAAAGCAGCAGCUCCAUACUUGCGACUUAGCAGAAAUAAAGCACAGUACACACUACAAGGUUUUGUGCCUGUGCUGCAAACAAAAACCUGUUAAGCUUUUAUUUUAAAAUGGCUCUAAAUACAAAGUAAACCUAAACUAAUGAGCUGUGUUUAGUCGUCACCCAAACAGGCUGCAAAUCAUGAAUAUUCAUCAUUAUUGAUUCAAAUUGAUGGAUAUUGCAGAAUUGGAGUUCUAUGCUGUUGGCAUCAUUGCAACAGAAUACUUGUUACUACACCUCAAAGGUCCCAUAAUGGUGACUGUAGAUAAUAAUAAUUAUAAUAAAUUUGACUUGCUGCAGGAGCUCAUGCAUGCAGACAGCACACACAAGUUGAUUCCAUAAGCAGAGCUGUGCUGCUGUGCUGCUGUUAAUUGGGCCGGCCUCAUGUGUGACAGCCAGGCUGCACUCAUUGUUUUUCUUUUCAUCAGGUCACACCAUUUUUAAUAACCAUACUUCAGCAUCCUAACUGUAUCUUCAGUGUUUUCGUAACGUGUUAAAGAGUAAUUACUGCUGGACCUGAAGGAGGAAAACAAAAAAAGAUGACCUGACGGGACCAGAUCCUGAGGCCAGGUUCCAGCUGGCUCCAUGCCUCUGUCAGGUGUGCUGGAGCCCACGUGUGUGUGAGAGAGAGAGAGUGUGUGUGUGUGUGAGUGAGCAAGCAAAGUCUUGAUACCGGUGUGUCUGAGGCUGCUUGAUUAAUCUGAACAGUAGUAACCAUGUUGUCACAGUGCAGACAGUUCUGAACUUAUCACAGUUGAUUUUUCCUCUUUUAUAUUUUGUUUUUUGUCUGCUGUUUUUUUUUUUU